GGCUCUUAUCCUUGAGCAUAUAACCCGAUUCCGCCCAGCCCUCGCGAGUCUCAGUGCCUAGGCCAAUCGCCUUGUUUUAUUUGGGAAGUGAUUAAUCGCAAUUUUGUUGGGGCCGGGGAAUUCUGGGCGCCUGUGAGGCUGUGUCCCCCUAAGAAUUCCGUUCGUCGUAUCCGAUUGGGUUGAUAGAUGGAUCCAUUCGAAAUGCAGGAUAACUCGAAGAAAUCCAAUAAGCCCAAAUAUUCUAAGUUUACACAGCAGGAGCUUCCAGCAUGCAAACCACUGCUAACUCCAGCAAUUGUCAUUUCUGCCUUCUUACUGGUUGGCAUCCUAUUUGUCCCAAUUGGUCUUGCAUCACUUUCUGCAUCACAAGAGAUUGUGGAGCUGAUAGAUAGAUAUGAUACAAAUUGUGGGCCCAUCACUGACAAGGUUGGGUACAUUCAGGACUCUAAGACUAAUAAAUCAUGCACAAGAACUCUAACUGUGCCUAAGCAUAUGAAGAGCCCAAUUCAAAUAUAUUACCAGAUUGGUGACUUCUAUCAGAACCAUCGCCGGUAUGUGAAAAGUCGUAGUGAUAAACAAUUGCUGUAUAAGGAUGCUGCACACUUGACAAAAGAUUGUGAUCCUGAAGGUUAUAGUGCUGAUGGUGCUCCAAUCGUUCCAUGUGGCCUCGUUGCUUGGAGUUUGUUCAAUGACACAUAUACAAUUUCAGUCAACAAGAAAGCGAUUGAAGUGAAUAAAAAAGAUAUAGCUUGGCAGAGUGACAAGAACAAAAAAUUUGGCAAUGAUGUUUAUCCCAGGAACUUUCAGAAUGGAAAUCUUAUAGGUGGUGCCAAGCUAAAUGCGAGCAUACCUUUAAGCGAGCAAGAAGAUCUCAUUGUUUGGAUGAGAACUGCUGCCCUUCCGACUUUCAGAAAGCUUUAUGGCAGAAUUGAAACGGAUAUUAUGGCAAACGAUCAACUAACUGUUGUUAUACAGAACAACUAUAACACAUAUAGUUUUGGAGGGUCUAAAGCAUUGGUCCUUUCAACUACAUCUUGGAUUGGAGGCAAAAAUAAAUUCAUUGGUGUUGCAUAUCUGAUUGUAGGUGGCUUGUGCCUUUUUCUUGCACUGGUUUUCGUAGUUCUCUACAUGUUUAAGCCAAGGACUCUUGGAGACCCCUCAUUCUUGUCAUGGAAUAGAGAUACUCUGGACUAUCUAAACUAAUACGCCGGAAUCUGUUCUUUAUAUAAAUAGAAGAGCACUUCAAUGGAAGGAUCCAUUCGGCAUUUGGACUAUGCUGCAGAGUCUCAGUUUGUAUCUCGCAUUUGCUCACCUCAAAGAAUGACACUGCAGAUAAAGGUGGAAACAGUAUUACUCCAAUCCGGUACAGAUUUAUGUACAGAAAAAAAGAGAGCAAAAGUACUUGGCAACAAAAUGGAGUUGCCCUGGGCUAUUUUCAGUUCAAAAAAAAAAAAGUUGUCAUGGGCUAUCUAUUCAGUUCAAGGAAAGAAAGCAGAAGGAAAAAAGAGUGAGGUCUCACUCUCAUAACCCUGUUCCUUUUCAAAAAGAAAGAUUCUCUUGUACGGAUGUAUUUAUCUCGGUGCUAACUGAAUUACUGAACGAAACUGAUGAAGUGAAUAUUUCAGAUGAGAAAAGUUCAGAAAUGCCAUUGUUGCAUUUCUUUGGAUCA